AGAGGAUGGCACGUGAAGCUGCAAAAGAAGAAAACUUCGUUACGAAAUGCUACUAAUCCUGAAACGAAAGAAGAAGCUACACAGGUGAAAUCAAAUGUUGACAACAAAGAUGGAAGAACUGCAUACCUACUCAUGUACCUAAAGACGGAUCCAAAUAAAGGCAGCGAAUAUCGACAUGCAAACAAAAGAAAGAACCACGAAGAUGAUGAAAGAAGCACUGGUAAAAAGAGAAAUAAAAUCUGCAAUCAUCAGUCUAAUAGAGGAGCACUGUGGAGGCUGCUUAAUUCCAGGCACAAUGGAAGUUCAUUAGGAAGAAGGCUUUGGAAGUGGAUAUCAAGGCAUGGAAGAUGGUCAGCACAUCAGAGGCAGAAGCAGAAAAAAAGAGAACAAUGCCACAGUCUUCAAGGAGAACUUCAUGAACAAAAGGUGCAGAAAUGCAAGUGGUCCUGCAGGCUUUCUCAAUGGACCAAAGACAUCAUUCAGUCUGAAUUCUCCAAAAGGAUUAACAGCACAGACAGUUGGCAGUGUCAGCAUCAGGGAGCACUGCGGAGGCUGCUUAAUUCCAGGCACAAUGAAAGUUCAUUAGGAAGAAGGCUUUGGAAGUGGAUUUCAAGGCAUGGAAGAUGGUCAGCACAUCAGAGGCAGAAGCAGAAAAAAAGAGAACAAUGCCACAGUCUUCAAGGAGAACUUCAUGAACAAAAGGUGCAGAAACGCAAGUGGUCCUGCAGGCUUUCUCAAUGGACCAAAGACAUCAUUCAGUCUGAAUUCUCCAAAAGGAUUAACAGCACAAACAGUUGGCAGUGUAAACAUCAGGGAGAAGCUGACCAAUUUACAGUGAAUGAAGAGGAGAAGUUAACCAGUGGUGCACCAGAGAACGAUAAAUCAUCCAUUAUGUCCAACAGCGAUGCAUCUAACUAUGUUUCAUCAGAAAAUGAAGAUAAUGACCCCAGUUCUGCCAAUGCUGAGCUGAAGUUACAUUCCCCAGCAGCCAUAAAAUGUGAAGGGCAGCAGAAUGGCAAUGAGCAGAGCCCACACCAGAGCAACGAAAAAGAAAUAGCUGAAGGGCAUCACAAUCAGAGCAGCAAUGAGACACAAAGUACAUCUGGUCAUUGUACAGGUGAAGGCUCCGUCUGCAGAGCAGUACAUACUAAUUACACUCAAUCGCCAUAUGAACUCCUUCUGCACAGUAAACAGACUGUUCCUACCAGUAGACCAUGCAAGCCAACUGUAUCGUCUCCUUACUACGAGCAUUAUAUCCAAAACAUGCAUGACCUCAGCCAACCCUCAUUUUAUCCAAGAAAACAAGGCACGGACUGUGCAAAGGAAAAGUCUGCAUCGCCUUCAUCUAAGUCCAGUGAUCGAAAAUGACUACAUGUGGAACCACUAUAUCAAACAGCAGUAGAUACAGCUCA